AUGGACGGAAACACUCUGGGAUCCUAUGGCGGCAGCCUCGUCGCUCGUGCAGGCGGUUUACAUCCCCCACCAGAAGUCCUCCUCAGCUGGCCAAGACCGAAUUAUGUCGACCCGGAGGAGCGAGGUUGGGGACCACCAAUACUGCUCAUGGUCGUCUUGGGCAUCACCUUCCUGGUAUACUGUGCGCGGAUGUGGGCAAGGCUGGUCAUAUCGAAGAACUUUGGGCUGGACGACAUACUUGUCAGCAUAGCAAUGUUUCCACUGUUUGGUCUGACCAUUUCAAGCGUGCUUGGCAUUCGUAUCUAUGGCUUCCAAUGGCACGUUUGGGAUCAGACCAAAGAAACACUAGUAACGACAAGAGAGAUCGCUUUUGCAAUUGAACUCAACUACAUGUUAACCUCGACGCUGAUCAAAGUCUCGAUCCUUUGCUUCUACCGGCGAAUCGGUGAUCGUCUGACGAACCAGUUUAUCUACUGGGUCUACGGCACCAUCGCCUUCUGCAUUAUUUACGGAGUUGCCUUCACUAUCGCCAUUGUCUUCACAUGUACACCAGUCAUAGGAUUCUUCCGCCUCUUCGACAUAUCCUGGAGACUGCAGAAUGAGCUGACGUGUCGUAACGAGGGAGCCCUCAUCGUCGCAUGCGCCGUGAUUUCAUUGUUCCAAGACUUCAUCAUCUGCCUGCUACCAGUACUUUUGAUUUGGAACCUUCAGAUCAGCAAACGCCAGAAGAUCGUCACCUACGACAUCACCUGGGCGGCAUAUUCUGGCUGGAUCUGGACGACACUCGAAGCCCAGCUAGCUGUGAUGUGCGCCUCAGCGCCCUCGCUCAAAGUCUUCCUCGGUCGCUACUUCAGCAUGUACACCUCGCGCGCCGGCUACUCGCAGACUGGAAUCCCCGGUCAAGCGUCCGGUCCAUCUUCGAAUACACUAUCGCAAGGCUUCACCGGGAAAGCAUCCCAGCACUCGACACAGCGAUCACAGUGCACUGCUGGAUCGAUUCGCGGCGAUGUUCCGUUAGAAGGCAUCCAUAUAACCAACAAGUUGGAUGUCAAGGUUGAAGAGCGCGAUUAUUACGAGCAUGCGAGCCUCUACAGCACGAAGGAGCUCACUGCGCUACCUGUGUCAUCGCAGCCGGGUUGGCGGGAUGGCUGCAAGACAGUCUGCGCAGCGCUCCGACCGGGCAGCAGAGGCACAUCAGCAACUCGUGGACGGAGUCGCGAGCGCGACAUCGAAGCCGGUCGCGCUUACUGA